AUAUAUAUAUAUAUAUAUAUAUAUAGAGCAGGGGUGGCAAACUCCGGUCCGGAGAUCCGGUCCAGUCCAGCAGAGUUCAACUCCAACCCUAAUAAAAACUCACUUGAUUAGCUUAUUCAGAUCUGUUUGAUUAGGGCUAAAGCAAAACUCUGCAGGACUGUGGCUCUCCAGGACUGAUGUUCGCCACCCGUGAUAUACUGUAUAGUCUCCUCACUUUAAAAAUGUAUUUCUUCAGUAGUUUGACUUCUCAACUGUACCUUUGUUUUGACAUCUGCAGAUAUAAAUAAAUGUUCAGGUUGAUAUUUUGAAUAAGAUAUUUACAUGACCCAAAAUUCACUUUAAUACAAAUAUACAGUCUGCAAUUGAUGGACAUGCAUAAUUUUCAGUUUAAUAUUGUUCUGAAAAUCCCUGAAAUUUGUGAAUAUUUCACAACAUUGCACAUUUACAGUAGGCCUAUUGUUUACCAUGCAGUGUGCAUGUUCACACCUGAACUGUUUAAAUAUAGUGCAUGUAUUUACAGACCUAAAACAGCUUAUUUCAGAUGUUUGGCCCAGUCAUAUGUGACAAAGGGGUGUAGUAUGCAAGGGCGAUGGGGGAAGGGGGAAGGUACCCCCACCCCAGUCAAACUUGAGCUAAAACACAUAAGAAAACAUCAUCCUGCACCAACAUAAAUUAAUUUCAUGACCACUUUUACUAGAAUUUAUUUUAUCAUGGCAAAUUUUAAAGUUAAGUUAGUUGGACCUACCAUGACACUUUGAUUUAGAAAAUUCUAGGUGCUUAAAUAAUGUAAAAUACAUCAUGUAUCCUAUGUAAACAAGUAAUUGUUAACUAUUUAUUAAUUUAUAGCAGUUAUGUUGACAACAAACUUUAUAUGUGUGGAUGAUACCACAAAAGACCAUUUUGCAAAAAAUAAAUAAAUAAACAAAUCUCAUGAGGGAGCAUGCCCCAGGACCCCACUAAACGGUUCACACUUCAACUUCCAAUGUUCAAACCAAAACUACGCCCUUGGACAAAGACCAGAGCAAGAGAUGAAAGGGACAUGCAAAGGUAUAUAAAGUUAGGCAACAUACAAAGAAAAGGGAUGGGAAAGGGAAAUACAGCAAGCACACUAAAACAGUGUAAUAAUUGCGAUGGGGAGGGUCCCGUUAUACACAUCCACAUGCAUGAGGACACAUUGGUAAGUGGGUGUGACUAUACGGGAAGCUGAGGGCUCAGUUUUACCUGCACUACAUAUAUGUGCUCUGCGAGAAAGAACUUCAUCAGUGAUCAUAGACACACCUGCACAUCUGUCUGAGGUCAACAUCUCAUCUGCACACACUUUGGCUUUGAACUAGGAUUCACAUCUACAGGUAAACUUUGCUUGUUUCCCUUUAAAAUUUCCAAUAUCUGAUUAUUAUAAAUGUAAUGUGGAUGUGGAUGUCUUGGUGUGAGAUUAAUAUUAAUGUAAGAUUGUAAUGCUGAUUUUUAUCCAUUAUUAAUGCUGUAGACAGAAGAUAUUUCCAUGACUUUUCCCUCAGGGAAGUAAUUAUUUAUAUUUAUCUAUCCAUCCACCCGUCCAUUAGACGGCAGUGAAGGCAAGCUUCACACUUAUCACUCUAAACCAUUUCUAAUUCAAUCAGUGUGUACUUUCAUGCUGCCAAAAUUCUUUAUACUUACUCAAAAUUGUUGUGUGUAUAUAUAUAUUGUUAUACUCAUGUAACAAUGUAGUUAUUUAUGUGUUGUAUUACAUAUAUUAUUUUUAUAAAUAAUAAUAAUAACAAUAAAAAAAAUCUCAUUCUCAACGACGCGUACAUGUAUAUUCUGAUCAUGAUGGACAAAAAAAAAACACAUUGAUAAUUGUUCUGAAUUGUUUCAGACACAUACAGGAUGAAUGCAUGGACCAGGCAUAUGCGCUGAUAAUAAAAUUACUCAGUGAGUAACAAAUAUAAACCCAGGCAAAAUCAUUUACGGCAUGGAAACAUUCAUUCACAUUGCAAGGGGGAAGUGGGGGAAGUGAUUAAUUUUCAGAUUAUUUUGACAACUCCAAAUAAUUGACUCCCAAGACAAUAGUCAGGAAAGUCUGGUCAGUUUUCUCAAUUAGGGAAAUUAUUCUUGUAAAGGGCCGAAUGACUUAAAUGUUUAUGUAAAUGGUAUGAAAUCAUUUAUGCACUAAAAGAUUAAAAGAUGUGUCAUGUGGUUGACCUCAGAUUUAGCCACUGCUCCGGAGUACGAAAAGAGAGUAUGAAUGCAAAAUGAUUUUACUGUUGAUUUACAUAGUAGCAUUUGACAAUGACUCUGACAUGUUUUCGGUAAAUGAAUUAUGAUUGAAUUUGCUUAAAUUUCUUCAACUCUGGCAGGUUAACAUCACCAUGUUCCGCUGCGUAACAUCUGACCUGGUAGUGCUUAUGCUGCCUUUGGUUAUGUUGGUGUUGCUAAUGCCCUUCAGCUGGAGUUUUCAAGCCCUGACUCCUGGCUGCCACCUUUACCCAUUUAACGUGACCAUACGUACAGACAAGCGAGGGACAUGUCGAGGAACUCAGAUGGUGUACGCUUGUGUGGGCUACUGUGAGUCCAGCGCUUUCCCCUCACGCUACUCUGUGCUGCUGGCGUCCAAUUUCACCCACAACAUAACGUCUGCUUCCCGCUGCUGCACCAUUAGCAAGGAUGCCAAGAUCAAAGUUCGUCUGCACUGUCCUCAAGGCCGUCACCAUGAUGAUAUCGAGAUCUUGACUGCACGUGCCUGUCGGUGCAACAUGUGUCACAAAUCCCGUUACUGAGAGCCCACAUAAAGAAUGCCUCACUCAUGCUGUACUGGACACCUGAGAAUGCUGUGCAAUUAUGAAAAUGUGCAUUUUUUGAUUCGAAUAUUUUUCUGAUUUUACUAUUUUCAUUUCACUUGUAAAUUUACAUAAAAUACACCAUCACUGAAAGGUUUGGUGUCAGUAAGAAUUAAAAAAAAAAGUAAUACUUUUAUUCAGCAAGAAUGCAUUAAAUUGAUCAAAAGUAACAGUAAAGAUAUUUAUAAAGUUACACGAGAUUCAUUUUUCAAAUAAACUGUUCUUUCUAACGUUCUAACGUAACGUUUCUAACUUUCUCUUCAUCAUUGAUAAUAAUCAGAAAUGUUUCUUGAGCAGCAAAUCAGCAUAUUAAACUAAUUUCUGAAGGAUCAUGUGACACUGAAGAUUGGAGUAAUGAUGCUGAAAAUUCAGCUUUGACAUCACAGGAGUAAAUUACAUUUUAAAAUUUUUUAAAACAUUUUGAAAAAUAAUAUAUAUUUUAAAGUAAUUAGUGAUAAUAUUUCACAAUAUUAGGUUUUUUUUUACUGACUUGGUGAUUAUCUUUCGUAAACAUAAACAAAUCUUACUGACCCUAACUUUUUAACGGUAUAUAAUAAAAUAAUAUCAUCUUCUUUUCUUUUUAUCUUUUUGUCUAAAGUUCUAAGAUAACAGCAUGAGUGAAAGCUUCUUGAAUGCUAAAGAUUCUACAUACAUCAAUUCAAUAUAAAACAAUGGGGAAAAGCAUCAGAUACACUCUAUUAGUUUAAAUAAAUAAAAAUCAUUUUUCUAAAUGUCGGUGCCACCUAAUGACAUAAAGAAUGUAUCUUACCUAAUAUAUAUUUAUAAGGUGAUGUUUGCACAAAUGUGUCUAAUCUUUCGAAAUAAAGGAGCACAUGCCAUUUUCUGUGUGUUUUAUUUGUUAAAUCAUGUUUUUUUCUAAUGUAUAACAAUAAUAACUGUGAUAAUUCUUUGCAUAAUAAGCAAAGAAGAUUUAUGUGUGU